GUCUAAUAUAGAUGAAUGGAUAAUAUGAGGUUACGUUUAUCUAGACUAGAGAAAUAGUUGUUAUUUGUUGUUCUUCCGUGAUAUAUUUUUCAUGAAUCCAGUCCGCUAACACUAAGUUAUAUGCUGAAGAAUAACUUCAUGUGGCCAUGUACGAUCAUUAUCGUUAUAAAUUUGGAAGUUGAUUGAUGAUUGUUACUCAUCGAACGAUUGAAGAUGCUUACAUCUCCUUUGCCUGCCGAAGACUUUAAAGGCUUCGCUGCACACCAAAAGAAUUUGCUUUUGGAAGAGACCGAGUUGUUUUUUAAGCGUCACAACUUACAUUUGAAGAAAUACAUUUUGCCUGUUUCUCUUCCGGAUUGGGCUGAAUCGUUGGAUCAAGUCCUUGACACCGGGGUUGAGCACGAACCAUAUACUACCAUAUACAGGCACCAACAUUUUUUAAAGGCCCGUGUACUACGCAAUUGGUCAUAUAUAGAAACAAUUUGGAAUGCCGCAGCUCACCCGAGAAAUCGAAACAUCCCUUUUGAUUUACGUCCCUUGACAAGGGAGAUAUUAAACCAGCUUGACGCAACUAACACCGAUCUUGUGGAUCCGGAAUUUUCAGGUUUACUUGUCACGCUGAACACCGAGCCUUAUGUUACAGCAAAACCGUCUGAUGCUUCUGAAGCAGCAAAAAGUGAUAACCCCAAUUCUUCCGAACAAGCUGCUCCGAACACCAGCACUUUAAAUGGUGCUACCGGUCAAGAUGGCAACAUCCAGGGUAAACCGCGUCUUUCGCAUGGUGAUGUUCAAGCUAAAAGUAAGGUAAUUGCUGGUGCUAUCGUCGAAUGUCUAAUGACCAACGAAAGAUGUAUCAGAUCUAUUUGGAUGCAUCCUCAUCUUUCAAAGCACAGUUCAAGGGUGUUGUUACAGGCUUUUCUUCCCAGACUUAUGCUUGAGAUAUUUGAAGUCCCCCCUGUAAUGACGGAAAAGGGUCCAUCACAAUACCACAAAUUUGCUUAUGUCAUGCAUAAUGAUUUGGACAUGUUUCCAAGGCAAUGCUGGCUAUUAUUCGCAAGUAUUAAGAAAAUGUCCUUGCCUCGUCAUUACGAACCAUCUAUGUUCGAUGAGCACCCAGUUGAAUUGGAAUAUGGUGAGUGUCACAAUGAUGAAGUAGGUCAAUAUCUGCUUCCUGAGUGUCCAGGUAAAGUAGAAGAGGGCGUUUUGGCGUCAGUAGGUACCGAAAAUUCAGUUCGCACUGUCGCGUGCAAGUGCUACACUGAGAAGAUUAAGAAGAGUGUAGACACCCAAGCUUGGUUGGACCGUCUGGUUGGGUGUUCUGAAGGCUACAUGUGCGUUUUACUACCUAAACGGAGUGAACGUGAGCUACUUGGUUUAGCUCCUCGUGAUGGAUGGCGUGACCUAAUUGUGGAUGGGUUGGACAGAGCGUUGCUUGAGGAGUUGUUGGAUCUCCUGCCGAUAGAUUCGCGCGACAGGUUUUCUCACCUUUACGACCCAUCGAUAGCUACGGUUAAUCUGCGUUGCAACGCUAAUCUCAACAGCGAUCUUGAAGAAUGGUGUAAGCUACGCAGCAGCGACUUAGUUGACAUUACGAGUGACACAGAGGCUUAUAUGAACACCUCCACUAUUGAAGAAUACAACAUGACAACAAGCGGCAAGCGUGCGCGAUCCCGCGUUUAGUAAA